AGCCAGAAUACCAGGGAAUUCAGCACUGUGUAAGGGAUAACGUGCAAAGCCAAUAAACCCCAACCUUCUCAAAGAUUCCACAAACACAACACUCUCCAAUAAAAUUAUUACAUAAAUUAUUCUCAUAAAAUUUUAUCAUCAAAUUUUAUCAUAAAGUUGUUUACAAUAUUUUACACUUUAAAUUGUAACACAAGUUGACACCACCCCUCCCUAGAAUACUACUCCCCUGACAGUAAAAUAAUUAUUUUGUAUUGUUAUGAGAUUGGUGAGAUUAAUUAAAAGAUUGAAGAGAUUUGACGGUCGGAGUGGAUUUUUUACGCUUGGCGUCCCGAGUUUGGCUGUGAUGCUGAGUAUCAUAGUGACUGGCACAUUUCUAAUAGAUAAACAGCUGGAAUUAAAAUAUUUACGAGAGCAAAGUGUGACUAAAAGGGAACAAACACUCCAGGAGGAACAUGAGGAAAUGGUUAAAAUGUUAACCAAAGUCAUACCUACAGACGAUUUAAACAACUCAAUUCCCGUUCCACAGUUAGACUAAUGCAACAAUUUAUUAACAUUAAACUACACCAAAUCACUCAGAAUUCCGAUGCGUUCACUGGGGAAGUAAUAAACUCUUAUGAUAACUGGAAUCAUAAACAUGUCAUCGGACUGGUUGGUGUGGAUAGUGUGGUGAAAUCUGAUGUGUUGGAAUUACAGCCGAUAAGCCAAGUGUCAAUUUUACCUCCAGAACUUACACUCACCCCCAAAAUUCUCAAUAACCUCAAACCACUCACCACAUCACUUUUAUGUGAUUACUUAUACCUAAAGACAAAUGAACAUGAAACAAUCGUCAUCGUCUCUCCCUCUUGGGAGGAUUCGAUAUGGUAUGUGGAGUGGGUAUUACUGAAAAACGCGCAUGUGAUUGUAUACAUACCAAAAACUGACGAGAACUUUUUAUCGAAAUGGUCCCGACACCCGUUCUUCAAACACCAGUCAUUCAAAAAUAAAUCACAACAAAUAAUGUUGAGGAGUUUGCGUUGUGAAGACUUGAGUAGUGAUGUAUUAAGGGUAACUGGCGGUUACGGCGCCAGUGGUAUUCUAAUCUUAAAAGACUCCGUUACAGCGUUUUCCACAGACCAAAUGACGUUACACAGGCAAGUGUUACUAUCCUGCGGAAUCGGCGGGAGAAUUGUCUGGUGUAGUCAGCUGGACCAAGUCGAUCCUUGCGAGUGUGAAUGUUUAUUUUCCAAGGGAGUGUCGUUGUCAUUUUUUAACCCCGACGCCGUUCUCAAUACCGACGCGUUCCGAGGAAUCAUACAACACUCCAUCAUACUCUUCCUCAAACACACUCUCAACAACUCACUCUUCCUCUCAUAAUUUUGUUAUAUUAUUAUUUUAUUAUUAUUAUUAUUUUAUUAUUUUAUUA